UUGUGUGCUUCGCGGGGAGAGGAGGCUCUGCCAAGAUGGUGAAACUCUUCAUUGGGAAUCUACCCCGGGAGGCAACGGAGCAAGAGAUCCGGUCGCUCUUUGAGCAGUAUGGGAAGGUGCUGGAAUGUGACAUCAUCAAAAACUAUGGCUUUGUGCACAUCGAAGACAAGACAGCGGCCGAAGAUGCCAUCCGUAACCUGCAUCACCACAAGCUGCAUGGUGUCUGCAUCAACGUGGAAGCCAGCAAGAACAAGAGCAAGGCAUCCACCAAGCUGCAUGUGGGCAACAUCAGCACCACCUGCACGAACCUGGAGCUGCGGGCCAAGUUUGAAGAGUAUGGCCCGGUAAUCGAGUGCGACAUAGUGAAGGACUAUGCCUUUGUGCACAUGGAGCGGGCUGAGGAUGCGGUGGAGGCCAUCAGGGGCCUAGACAACACAGAGUUCCAAGCUUUAUGUGCAGAAGCUCCUCCAGUGUCACCCGGUUGGAGAGAUCUUCUCACCUCUGCUUUUUACAUUGCAAAGCACAAGAAUGGCAAGCGGAUGCACGUGCAGUUGUCCACCAGUCGGCUCAGGACCGCGCCCGGGAUGGGAGACAAGAGUGGCUGCUAUCGGUGCGGGAAAGAAGGGCACUGGUCUAAAGAGUGUCCGGUAGAUCGCACGGGGCAAGUGCCUGACUUUACCGAAACCUAUAAUGAGCAGUACGGAGCGGUGCGCACUCCCUACCCCGCGGGCUAUGGGGAGACCAUGUAUUACGAUGAUGGGUAUGGAGCAAUGGUCGACUACUACAAAAGAUACCGCGUGAGGCCCUAUGCUACGGCAUCUGCAUACGACGCCUAUGCAGAGCAAACAAUGGCCCAGUAUUCGCAGUACGCGCAAUACUCCCAAGUACAAACCACAGCCAUGGCCGCCACCACAGCCAUGGCCGCCACCACAGCCAUGGCCAAUCGCCUCACUACUACCCUAGACCCUUACGAUAGAGCGCUGCUGCCAACCCCAGGAGCAGCCGCAGCGGCAGUAGCUGCAGCUGCAACUGCUGCUGCAGCAGCCGCAUCCUCCACCUAUUACACCCGGGAUAGAAGCCCCCUGCGUCGCACGGCAACCGCGGCCACCACCGUCGGAGAGGCGUACGGUUAUGAACGUUGUCAGCUGUCUCCAGUCUCGUCGGUCGCUCGGGCCUCCCUCUACGAUGUUCAGCGGUUCGGGCGGGAGUCGUAUGCGGACAGGGCGCGGUACUCUGCGUUUUGAGUCGGAGGUAGGAUAUGUGCGGCUGGACGUCAGGUUCCUGUUGCACGUGAAAUCUAUAUCGUACGUGUCAAACUGUGCUGGGCUUCAAAGCAUACUGAUCGCAGCUAAUGCAUUUACUCAUAAUGGACAUUUGUCUCUCGUCAAAGUGUAGUGAAAAGUAACUUAACUUCCUUUUCUUUUUUUAUUUUUCAGAAAAUGCUUUGAAUAAUUUUUUGGCCUUUUAUUUUCCAAUGACCCUAGAGCCAUUAUUCUCUGCUGCUCUUUGGGACGUUAGUACCCUUUACCCAAUCUAAGCCCAGCUUUUGAGCUAGAGUAGUUGCAAUGCCAGUUAACUCUUUUUUGGAGACGUGCUUGGGAUUACUGUCUUCCUCUUGCAGUUCAGUUUGUAGCUUGCCUAUUUAAUAGUAUGUUUGUUUUUAAAGGUGAAUAACCAGUCUUAGUUAAGUAUGAAAUAUUAUAUCUUAACGUAGUAUUGCAAAGCCUGCUCCCCUUAGUUCUAGCCUGCACUCUGGAGUCAUCUCUUCUGCCCCAACAUUAUUUUUGGAAUAUAACCUGUAACUCUCCUUCUCUCUGAAGUUUAGCAUCGUUUGACCACCUCUCUUUUUCCAGCAAAAUAAACACUUAUAACAGA